CUCGAUUCACUCCACGCGCCAAACUUAGCAUCCCUCUCCUCCCGCCUCCCCUCCACCGGUAUCGGUGUCCUCCUCCGGUCUCCCCUCCCUCUGGGAAGGCCCUUGGAUCUCUCGAUCUCCAAGGCCUGCCUUCCAUUGCCAUAGCCAUCGACCGUCGUUCUCGUCUCGUGGUGGUCUUGUGCCCCUCUCCGGUCUCCUGAGCAAGCCACCACUAGUCUGGUCACGCUCCCCUGCUCCGCACCGGACGGGCGGGUUUCAUUUGGUGCGCGUGCGGCGAGCUCGGGCAUGGCGUUCCACGAAGUGGAGACGCCGCGUCGAUGCUGAGACGCCGGGGCAUGGUCGGCGCGCAGUGACGGCGGCCGGCGGCUCGGUCCGUCCGUGCGUGCGUGCGUGCCCAGCAUUCUUGCCCCUGUCGAGUCAUCGGCUCGUCGCUCGCUCGCGCCCACGCCGCUCGCCCCGCGUCCACAGGGUCGCCGCCACGGGGAGGCGCAGAGGGAAAAGGAAGAUGAGCUGCUUUCCGUGCUUCGGCGGCGGAAAGGGCAACAACGACGACGCCGACGCGGAGAGCCCGGGCGACGCGGCCCCGGCGUCUAACAUGACGCCACCCGCGAUGGUGCAGGCGCCCGCCGCGUACUUCCCAGCUCCCGCCGCCGCUCCAACGGCCGCGGCGCCGCCCAAGCCCGGUGGCGGGAACCAGGCGCACGAGGCUUCCGCCGAUGACUCGGCGCUGCGGCUCGCCAUCACGGGGCAGGCGUUCGCGUUCCGCGAGCUCGCCGCCGCCACAGACCACUUCACGCCGUACAACCUCGUCGGUGAAGGCGGCUUCUUCCGGGUCUACAAGGGCCGGUUAGAGAAGAGCGGGCAGACCGUGGCCAUCAAGCAGCUGGACAAGCAUGGGUUCCAGGACAACAAGGCGUUCUUGACCGGGGUCGCCAAGCUCAGCCAGCUCCACCACGAGAACCUCGUCGACAUCAUUGGCUACUGCGCUGACGGAGACCAGCGGCUGCUGGUGUACGAGUCCGUGCCCGCCGGCACCUUAGAAGACCACCUGUUCGAUCUGCCGGCGGACAAGAAGCCGAUGGACUGGUGCACGAGGAUGAAGGUGGCGCACGGCGCCGCGCAGGGGCUGGAGUACCUGCACGAGACAGCGAACCCGCCGGUGGUGUACGGGGAAUUCAAGGCCUCCCACAUACUUCUCGACGAGAAGCUCACGCCCAAGCUCUCCGACUUCGGGCUCGCGCAGCUCGGCCAGGCCGGGGGCAGCAUGCCGGUGGUGGCGUCGCCCAUGAUGGGCUCCUUCGGCUGCUGCGCGCCGGAGUACGAUCGCACAGGGCAGGCCACCAUGAAGUCCGACGCGUACAGCUUCGGGGUGGUGCUGGUGCAGCUCAUCUCCGGGAGGAGGGCCGUCGAUACCAGCAAGCCGGUGGACGAGCAGAACGUUGUCACCUGGGCCAUGCCGAUGUUCAAGGACCAGAAGAGAUACCAUGAGCUGGUUGAUCCACUCAUAAAGAAGGAAUACCCUGCCAAAGCGUUGAACCAGGUGGUCGCCAUGGCUGCGAUGUGCUUGCAGGAAGAGGACUCCGUGCGACCGCUGAUGGCCGACGUCGUCAUGACGCUAGGCUUCCUCACGGCGAUGCCGCCUGACCCACCGGCCCCUGCCGCUCCACCGCCUGCCGCCGCCCCGGAGCCGAAGGAAGACAAAGAAUCGGACCAUUCAGACUCCUCGUCAUCUUCUUCUUCAGACGACGACGAAGAUAACGAGGAGGAGGAAACCGAGGAGCAAUGAUAAGGGCGGGUGUGUUCAGCUUCGAAGGCUUCAAACGUGGAAGGGCCACGCAGAUGAAGUGGCUUCGUGCACUUGGCGUGUACGGAGCUCAAUAUGUGGGACCUUGGAGCCACUUGGACUUGGUGGUUGUGGCAGUUAAAUUGGGGUGUUCACAAGUGAGUAAUCUUUUUUUUUGUGAUGACGCCAAGCAUGUAAAAAUGUGAGCUAUGACAUACUGAUGGGUUACACAUUUUGCA